AUGAUUAAUGCUAAACUUGUUACAUGUGGAUUGUGCCAAAGUUAUUAUUCUGAUCCUCGGCAGAUCCCUUGUUCACAUUCAUUCUGCUUUGAUUGCAUAUCGGGACGUUUCGAUGAGGAGUCAUUACAGUUAUCAUGUCCACAAUGUAAAAAACUUCAUCAAUAUAAAUCACUAGAAGAAUUUCAUAAUCGAUGUAUGCGAGAUGGAUUUCUUGCAACAAUGGUAACACAAUUCAAAAGAACUCAAAGUCGUAUGUCACUAACGCCAUCCGUAUUAUCAUCACGACCACCAUCAACAUUUUCACACAUGUCACCAUUUACUUCAUCGACACCAAUACCUCGUACACGAACACAAGAAAUAGAUUUAAAUAAUCAUGCUCAAUCAAGUUCCGAAAGUUCGACACCAUUAGUUCUUAAUCAACAAAGAUCAUCAUCGAUUUCACAACAACCAAUAACACAUUCAUUUAUUGCUAAGUGCCAAUCGUGUAACAUCCGAGGAGACCUAAUUGUAUGUAAUCAUUGUGACAAUGUUAUUUGUAUUAAAUGUGCUGACGAACAUCAGAGUGUUAUUAAUAGUGACGUUAAAAGAGAAUGGGAUCUAUGCAAAGCACAAUUUCAAACAGUUAGUGACAAAUCAGUACGUUUCAGUCAGAGCGAAGAGGAAGCUACUAAUAAAGCACGUAGUCUACAAACAUUUAUUAGUAAGAAAAGUGACAAAUUAAUACAAACAGUGGAAAAUCAAAAGAAUGCAUAUAUUGAUACUAUUAAAAAAUAUUUAUGGGCUUAUAAACAAUCUUUUGCUCAUGAACAAGUCGUUGACGAAUAUGAAUCCAUUGAUAAACGCGUUGAAGAUUUAUUAAAUAAAUCUACAGAUGUCACCUCCGAUAAAGUUGAUGACUUUUUAUUUGAAAUUGAACAUCUUGAAAGUCGAUUAGAUAAUUUAAAUAAAACUCUUGAUUCAAAUCAAUUAAAAUUUCCAUUACUUACAUUACCUGAACAAAUUAAUACAUCAUCACUGUUUGGUACACUCGAAUUUAUUCCAUUGAAUAGUAAUGUAUCAACUACAUUUGAUCCAUGUUCAUUACCAAUGACCAAUGGUUAUAAUCAUUCACAAGCUAAACCUGAAGAGCAAGACUAUGCUUGUGUUGAUUCGUCGAGUAAACAUUUUCCGAAAAGUUUUCUAUCAAGUGCAAUUGAACAAAUUUCAUCAUUAUCUUCGAAUUUUCAUAUACCGAAAAAAAAACUUUUAUGGCAAAUCGAUUAUUUUUCUGUUCCAUACUAUGUUCGAACAUAUGGAAAUCAAUUAUUUAUUUGUGAUAAAUACGGUUCAUUAGCAAUAUAUAAAUUAAAUAAAUCUAAUGAUAUACGUCAAAAACCGAGUUUAGUUCGCGAAAUAAAAUUAUUUAAAGAUUAUCCAAUAUUACCAGCAACUGAUGAAGAUCAAACAAUAAUCGAUUCGUUUGUUGUUUAUAAACUAUGGAUUAUUGUAUUUAAACGGAAAAAGAAUGAACUACAUGGUACUAUCUAUUUAUUUACACACGACGGUAAAUUAAUACAGAAUGGUAAAUGUAUACAUAAUCAUCCAUCACGUGAAUUAACAAUUGAUACUGAAAGAAAUAUACUUUGGUCAUUGGAUCAAAAGCAACUUUGCCUUUUUUACUACGAUCUACCGGAUACACAACAAAAUAAUCCUGAAGAAUAUUUUCACAGUCGUUGUUCACAUGUACAAUUUUCUAAACCAUUUGCGCCCAUACAUAUAUCGGUUAAUAAAAAUGUUUUAGCUGUAUUAGAUAAAAAUCGACAAGCUGUACAUGUUUAUGAUAAACGAACUCGAGAUGAGCUAUACGAACAUGUUAAUAUCUAUGGCAAUUCAACACAUUUUUGUUGGGAUAUGGCAUUAUUUUCCGAUAAUAGCUUACUUAUUAAGCUCGACGAAAUGAGUUCAUUAAAAUCUGGACCAUCAAAACAUAUUUAUUUACAACUUGACAUAACAAAAAAGAAUAAUAUUAUAGGAAUAAUUGAAGAAACUGAUGCGUAUGGGAUGAUGAUCACUUCGACUGAUGAAAUUCUUAUUGGUGUUAGAAUAAAUACAAAAGGCAUCAUCAAAUGUUAUACUUAA